AUGGCCAUGGCUGUGCUGGGCGCUGUGAGCCCGCCCCCACUGCCCCUCAUUCAGUCUCUGGACCACGGCCUCAGGCCGAAGUUUCCAAAGAGUUUCACAAAGACGUUUGACAUAAAGUCGUGGGCUGAGUAUGUCGUAGAAUGGGCUGCAAAAGACCCAUAUGGCUUCCUUACAACAGUCAUUUGGGCCCUCACUUCUCUCUUCCUAGCAAGCUCUGCACUUUCCUGGAAAUUGGCCAAGAUGAUUGAGGCCAAGGAGAAAGAGCAAAAGAAGAAGCAAAAAUGUCAAGAAAAUACUGCAAAAGCUAAACGACUAAAAAGAGAUUAA